CACUGCUCUACACCACAAGUGUAGCUCUCACACUUUCACUGUGCACUUAAAGUCACUUGAAACGAAAGCUCAGCAAGAGUUUGGUUCAUAGGCUCUAAUAACUACAUUAACUCAAAGACUUUAGAGCGUAGGGAAACCCAACAUUUAGCCACCGUGGACUCUGUAGAGGAAUCAGCUGUUGGUUUAUACACAAUGAGUACCAUGAAGCCAGAAAUGGAACAUAAUAAUAAUACUAUAGAAGAAGAAGAGGUACGAACACUAUUUGUCAGUGGCCUCCCAAUUGACAUCAAACCAAGAGAACUUUACUUGCUUUUUCGACCAUUUAAGGGGUAUGAAGGAUCACUGAUCAAGCUAACAUCAAAACAGCCUGUUGGUUUUGUCAGCUUUGACAAUAGAGCUGGUGCUGAAGCUGCAAAGAAUGCACUAAAUGGCAUCCGUUUUGACCCAGAAAAUCGACAGACUUUACGGCUAGAGUUUGCAAAGGCCAACACAAAAAUAGCAAAGAACAAACUAAUGGCUACACCCAACCCCACUAACCUUCACCCUGCACUUGGAGCACACUUCAUUGCACGAGAUCCAUAUGACCUGACAGGUGCUGCACUUAUCCCAGUGUCACGAGAAGGCUGGGCUCCCUACCCACUAUACACCACAGAACUGACACCAGCCAUCCCACAUGCUGCAUUCACAUAUCCAGCUGCAGCGGCUGCUGCUGCAGCACUUCACACUCAGAUGCGCUGGUAUCCUCCUUCAGAAGCUACCCAGCAAGGAUGGAAGUCUCGCCAAUUCUGCUAAAGCUUUUUCGAUGUACCAGGUACGAACGGGUUGGAUUAGAACUUCUGAAACUUUCCAAGAUGUAAUCCAACAUGGAGCCUUGCCUCCAUUCCCAUGAACAGUCUCAAAAUACAAAAGCCUGGACAGGACAGUCUUCCACCAGUAGAAAUAGGUUUAUUUCCUGAUUGCCUUGUCAGGUCGUUGUGACUGAACACUGGGGCAAAACGAGACUUGAACAAGACAAUGUCCAGUUAAUUUCUGUAACCGGAAGGAUUUUCUUUUGCAUGUUGGUUUUUCUGGCAUGAAUAGACUAAGUAGUGUGCGUGUGUAAAAUCUGCUUCUGUGAAAGUUUGACUAAAUGUCUUGCUUACCCCACAAACUCCAAAACGUACUGUUCUGGUUAAUCAAUGUCCACUUUGUCCCUACAUCUUUAUCGGAGAGUUUUAGUUCUUGCCAAAUGUAAUGCAACCUUAUGGGGAAACAGAGCAAAAGUACCAGUAUUUUUGUAAAAUGUUUAAUAAGGAAAUAUUUAUGCAUCAUACGUGUUUGUUUUUUGUGAUAUUAAUUAUUAAAAAAUAUUAAUCUGUCAUAAGUUAAA